AUAGCGCUGUGACGUAACGAGGAGGCGGGUCCCGUGACACCGCUGCGGCGCAGCUCGAGCGUCUGUCUGGAACGGAGCCGAGUCACCGGACAACGCCGCUCCGUUUACCGGCCCAGCGCGAUCGAGCAGCGGCGGCAUCAUGUCGGCGGUGCAGCGGAUGAAAGUAGCGAACGAGAAACACAGUAAGACGAUCACACAGAGAGGACACGUGCAGAAAACCACGCGUGUGGUGAAUGAGGAGAAGUCUCCGGUGGGUCCGUGGCUCCUCGCGCUCUUUGUGUUCGUGGUCUGUGGAUCAGGUGAGACGUGAAAACAGCUCAACAUAUCUCACAUCAGACAUAUGAUUCAUCAUCAACACUCCUAAAGGAAUAGCUC